AUGAAGUUUUAUAAAUAUUAUCAUAAUAUAAAUUGUAGAAGAUUUCAUAGAGUCAGUUUAGAGGGUACCUACAUAAACAUUAGAAGAUUCAUUUGUCACCAUUCUAAUAGUUUUUAUUUUUUAUUAAAUUCAUCUAUAUAUAACAAAGGUCAUUGUAAUUUUAUAAAAAAUAAUCAUGCUAUUAUUAAAGAACAACAGAUAUGUAUAAAUAAAAAAAGAAAAACUUCAACAUGCUAUAAUAAUAAAUUAUCAAAUGAAAAUCAAAAAAAUGAAGAUAUAAUAGUCAAUCAGAAUGAAUCUAAUAAAGGUAACCUAAAUAAUGUAGUAGUAGAUGAACAUUUUAAUUGUCAAUAUAUUGAAGAAAAAAUGUUUACACUUAUAACAGCAAAAGAUUGUGAACAGGAUAAUAUUAUAGACAUAUUAAAUUAUAUAUCAAAUCAUAAAUUUAAAAAUAAGAAAGCUUUUGUUUUUUUUUUAAGACAUUUAAUAAUGCUGUCUCAGUUAUAUAAAGAUAUUAUUAUUAUAAAUGACAAAAUAUAUAAUAAUUCAUAUAUAAUAAAUUAUAUUAAAGAAUGUGUAAAUUUUAUUAUUAUAUCAAGAAAGGAUUAUUCUUUAAAUUAUUUAUUUAAAUAUUUUGAUCUUUUAUGCACCUUUCAUAUUAAUGAUAUGAGAUUAAUAAAAAAAAUAUUCUAUCUAAUAUUAUGUAACAAACAUUUUAAUGAUAUAGAAGAAAAAGUUAUUUAUGCUUAUUAUAUAAUACAACACUUAUAUAAUAACAAUAUUUUCAAUAAAUUCAUUGCUAUUUUAUUAACAAAUAAAUUACUUUUAAAAAUAAAUUUCUUACGAUUUAAACAAACAAUAAAUGACACCAAAAAUGAUUUUUUAAUCUUUUUUUUAUAUUAUAUAAUGUAUUCUUUAAAUAAUAAUAUAAAUAAAGAAAUAAUAAUUCAAACUUAUGUUACAUAUUAUAAUAAUAUGCUGGAAAAAAAUAUACAAUCGAUGAAAAAUAUAGUUAAUUUAAAUAUAUUAAACCAAUUACAACAUGUUUUAUUAAUAUCACAAUAUUAUGAUUCACAUUUUAAUAAUCUAAUUAAAAAAAAUAUACAAACAUAUUUUCCUUUUUUAAAUAUAUAUGACAUUAUCUUAGUAUCCACCAAUAUUUUUUUGAAUUUUACUACAAAUAAUGAAAUACUUUUAUGUAUAUCGACUGAUGAGAAUAUAAAAAAUAAAAGCAAGCAUAUUAAAUCAAAUCAUAAUAAUAAUAUUGUUGGUAGUAGUAGUACUACUCGUUGUUAUAAUAAUAGUGAGAAUGGUAACACUAAACAUUUUAAAAAUUAUUAUCAUAAUUUUUUAUCGUUGAAAUAUUUAUCUGAUUCUAUCAUUAGAUCAUCUGAUAAUUAUAUUUCAUCUUUGAAUUAUAAUGACAAUAUUGAAUACGUCUAUAAAUUUCUUGUAUUGACAUCAUAUUGUCAUUUCACGUUAUAUGCCAAUUGGUGGGCUGAUACUUCUAUAUAUUUCAAAUUAAAAAAAAAAACAAACAAACAAAAAAAGGUUUUAAGAAGUAGAUUGCCAUAUACAUUUCAUCUACAAGAAAAAAUAUCUCAUCUUUUAGAUUUUAUAUUUUAUAACUCCUCUUAUAGUAAUGAAUCUGAAAUGGAAAAUAUUCAAUUUGAAAGGGGGUAUCCAAAUAAAGAACAAAUUAUUCAACCAAAUUAUAAAUUGUCAGAAUGUAAUAAUAACAUUAAAUAUCAACACAUUCAACAUAAUGUUCAUUAUGACAAUGGUUGUAUUAACGAACGAAUAUGUCAUUCAAAUGAAUUAAUUAAAUGCAAAUCAAACAUUAUAGAUAUCAAAUAUUUAACAUAUGUUUUCAAAUCGUUUAUUAGAAUUUCUUUAUUUAAUCCAGAUUAUCUAAAAAAAAAAAAAAAAUUUAUUUUAUUACUUAAGAAUUCUUUUAUAUAUUAUAUCAACAGUUAUAUAUAUAAUUAUGAAAAUGAAGAAAAAAAUUUAAAUAAAAUAAAUGAUACUAAAUAUUUAAUAAAAAAAAAAAAAACAGAUGGAAUAAAUACAACUUGUAAUAAUAAUAUAUCCAUAUGUAAUAAAAACUUACAUGUCACACAUAAUAUAAAAAAUGAUAAAAAAAAUAAUGAUUUGUAUUGUGAACCUUUUCAUUUAAAUAUAUAUGAAAAUGAUUUAAGUUUAUAUGAAAUAAGUUCUUUAUGUGAAUGUUUUUUUCUUGUUGAAUAUAUAAACAACCAACAUUUAGAUAAUAUAAACAAUAUAAAAGUUGUAAAGAAAAAUAAACAAAAUAAACAAAAUAAACAAAAUAAACAAAAUAAACAAAAUAAACAAAAUAAACAAAAUAAACAAAAUAGACAAAAUAAACAAAAUAGACAAAAUAAACAAAAUAAACAAAAUAGACAAAAUAGUUGUGAUCUAAUUGUAGAAGAAGAAGAAUAUAUAAUAUCAAAUUGUUAUGAUAUAUUUGAAAAGAAUAUAUAUAUAUUUUUAGAUAAAAUGAAUAGAUUAAUAUUAAAAAAAAAACUAAACCUUACUAUAUAUAAAGAGGAUUAUAUAAAAAAUGUGUUAUUAAAAAAAUUUGUAUAUCAAGGAGAUAUAUUUUUUAAUUAUUAUUUAUUAUUAAGAUUAAUAUUACCUUUAUUAUUUAAUCAAUCUCAUAAUCAUUAUAUUUUAUUAACUAAGAGAAUCAUUAUACAUAUAUUGUCUUUAAUAUUUCAUAAAAAUAAUAUAAAAGAAACAAUUGAUGAAAAUAUAAAUAAUAAUAUUUUAGAUAUUAAAAAUAUAAUCAAUAAUUAUAUUAAGUGGGAAGAUUCAUUUAUAUAUAUAAAUAAUCAAAGGAGAAUAAGAAAACAAACAAAAAUGAAAAGAAAUUUAUUAGAUUUUAUAUAUACAGGUGAGUUUAUUAGACCUUCAUCCAUACUUAUUCUGUGCUUAUAUGAAUUAAAAAAAUAUGAUGAUCUAUUCGAGCAGUUUAUAAUAAAUAUAUUUAAACAUCAUAAUAACUUAAAUGACAAUAAGGAACAUAUUUCAAAAUAUAUAGACGAAAUGUAUGAAAAAACAAAUGCGCUUGUAAUUGAUCAGAAUAAUAAAAAAUAA